CCCAUUGAUUAUGAUUUAUAUAAAAAUUCCAUUAUCCAUUAUUUUAAGCAACUAAAUCAUCAAUUUUUUUUUGUAUUGAAUAAUUAUUAUAAAUUAUGGCUAAAUUCAUAUGGCUUCAAAAAUCUUUUUGUCUUUUUUCUUGAUUUUUAACUUAUACAUCAUAACAACAACAUUGGCAGAUGAUUAUAAAAGACAUAAUUAUACGAUAUACCUAUGGAAGAAUGGCCGUAUUCCAUUUAAAUUGGAUGAAUAUCUGUCCCAUAAAUAUAAAGAUAUUAUAUUGGAAUCAAUGAAUAAUUUUCAUCAAUAUACAUGUAUACGUUUUAUUCCAUAUGAAUCAAAAUAUCAUCAUCAUCAUCAUCAUCAUAUAUAUUAUUAUACGAAUAUUAUAAAAGGUAAAAAAUUUUCAACAAAACCAGGAGUGGAUAAAGAAAAUUAUGUUACCACUGUAACCUUAAAUCUUGAUGAAGAAAAUGGUUAUAGACAACGAUUAAGAGCCAUUACACAUGAAUUGGCACAUGUAGUUGGUUUAUUUCAUGAACAUCAAAGACCUGAUCGUGAUCAUUAUAUUAAAUCAAUACAAGAAACUUGUUCAUGUAUUUUAGUUAAUAAUAAGGAUUGGAAUUGUAAUCCAUACAAAAAUGUCCAAUAUUAUAAUGAUUAUCAACAACAAUGGAUCACAACGAUUGAUGAUAAAAAUACAUCCAAAUGGUUUGAUGAUUAUUUUGAUAUGAAAUCAAUUACUUACUAUCCGGAUUGUUUCAUAAAAAUAGACUCCAUAAGAGAUGAACCAAUUUUUUAUUAUGAAUUAAGUCUUUAUGAUAUAAAAAAGAUAAAAAAACUAUACAACUGUAAACGAAUGCAAAAGAUCGAUGAACAACAACAACAACAACAACAAAAAAUUAUUGAUUUUGGACAAUCUGUAUCCGUAAAUUUUGUUUAAUCCAUUUUGAUAAAUUGUACAUACAUAUAGUGUAUACAAAAUCAUGAAUGAAAAUUGUAUGAAUAAAUGAUGCCAAUAUCUGA